AUGAAAUCAGAAAUCGAGAACCAGCCCUUCCUGGCGUUCUCGGACGACCCGGCCAGGCAAGGAGGUGCCGCUGCCAGCGACGACAGCCUCCCACCCCGCCGCGAGGCGCUGAAAGCCUCCAGCACACGCAGACUCGUCCGCGACUUGGUCAUAUGCCUCGUGACCUCCCUGCUCUGGGUGCUGGUUAUCUGGUUCUUCAUACCCCGCUCGGCCCCUGCCUCCUCGAGACCCGGCGGCGAUGCACCGGUUCAGAUACCCAGUGGGAGCGUCAUCACAGGGGAGGACAUGGCUCGCUUCCACAACAUCACAUCUGGAGCCAAAUACAUUUCAUGCGGGAAUUCAACACAGGAGGCGCGGUCAAAGGGCUGCACAUAUGACACGCUGCUGAACGCGUGGGUACCGGCCCAAUGCCUCGACCAGGAGUGGAUUGAUGAGUACCAAGACGACGCGAGCUGGACCGCUUAUUCCGAUGUGAACCUGACCGAGCCCCUGAAGCCGGACGCGAUGGGCGAGAAGGACCACUACUACACGUCGAUCCGGGACCACAUCAACCACUGCGCCAUGCUGUGGCGGAAGCAGUUCUGGACGCUGUUCGAGGGCCGCCGCGUGUUCGACGCCGUCAUCGCCAACUCGUACCACACCGAGCACUGCGCGUCGUUCCUUUCGGAGCUGUUCGGCUCGAACCGGACGGAGCCGACGCUCGUCCGGGUCGGGUUCUCGGGCUGCUGGGUGAGGGACGGAAGCGAGGAGCUAUGA